CCGGGCCCCGUUUCCAGCCGGAGCCUUUUCACGGCGCGCGGGGAGGGGGCGCCGGGGCCGCCAUGUCGCGGCUGCACCAGAGCAGGAUCGCGGACUUCCAGGAGGUGCUCGGCGAACCCACGGUGGCCCUGGCCAAGCUCCGCGAGCUCUGCUUCAGCGGAAUCCCCUUCGAUGGUGGGCUGCGCUGCCUCUGCUGGAAGAUACUCCUGAACUACCUCCCUUUAGAGAAAGCCUUAUGGAGUGCUUUGCUGAAGAAACAGAGGGAUCUCUAUUCCCAGUUCCUGAAGGAGAUGAUUAUUCAGCCUGGGAUUGCCAAAGCCAACCUGGGUGUUUCAAGGGAAGAUGUGACCUUAGAAGAUCACCCCCUCAAUCCCAAUCCAGACAGUCGAUGGAACACUUACUUCAAGGAUAACGAGGUGCUUCUGCAGAUAGACAAAGAUGUCAGGAGGCUGUACCCUGACAUGGCGUUUUUCCAGCGCCCCACGGACUAUCCCUGCCUCCUGAUCCUGGACCCCCAGAACGAGUUCGAGACGCUGCGCCGGCGGGUGGAACAGACCACGCUCAAGUCGCAGACGGUGGCGCGGAACCGCAGCGGGGUCACCAACGUGAGCUCCCCUCUUAAAACCACCCCCAGUUCUCUGAGCGAGUACGAAGUGCUGCCCAACGGCUGCGAAGCUCACUGGGAGGUGGUGGAGAGGAUCCUGUUCAUCUAUGCCAAGCUAAAUCCCGGGAUAGCCUACGUUCAGGGCAUGAAUGAGAUCGUGGGGCCUCUUUACUACACCUUUGCUACAGACCCGAACAGCGAGUGGAAAGAACAUGCUGAAGCAGACACCUUUUUUUGCUUUACCAAUCUGAUGGCUGAAAUUCGGGACAACUUCAUCAAGAGCCUGGAUGAUUCUCAGUGUGGUAUCACCUACAAGAUGGAGAAGGUGUACUCCACCCUAAAGGAGAAAGAUGUGGAGCUAUAUCUGAAACUGCAAGAGCAGAACAUCAAACCCCAGUUCUUUGCCUUCCGCUGGCUGACGCUGCUCUUGUCCCAAGAGUUCCUGCUGCCAGACGUGAUCCGGAUCUGGGACUCCCUCUUUGCCGACGACAAGCGCUUCGACUUCCUCCUGCUCGUCUGUUGUGCCAUGUUGACACUCAUCCGGGACCAGUUGCUGGAAGGAGACUUCACUCUGAACAUGAGGCUGCUACAGGAUUAUCCUAUCUCUGAUGUCCAUCUGAUUUUGAAGAAGGCAAAGGAACUUCAGGAUUCCAAAUAGUCCAUGGGCCUAACAAAAGGUGUCAGAGAAGCUGUGGCAGUGGAUCCCAGGAGAUGCCUCCAUGGAGUGUGGUGCACUAAAGCUCUUCGUGGUCCCUGCAGGACUUCAGGUUUUGUUUGGGCUAAUGGCCACCUUGAAGACUUCCUUCUACUCUAUUUAUUAGGUCACAGACUGAUUACUUCCCCAUCUACUUGGGUCCUGCACUCCAGAUUUUUCCAAGUCUCAAUGCCUCUUUGCUGCCAAAAGCAGUUCUUUGUAUUUUUUUUUAAUGACUUUAAGUUUGGAGAGAAAGAAACCUUCUGUCUGCAUAUCCCUGAAGGGAUGGACUCCUGUAUCAUGGAAGUAACACUUGGAGUAACUUCGGAUGGGGAAAGGACAGACUGAGUCCAAUGAAUUUUGGUGGGUGAACAUAGAAGGAUCUUCCUCCUGUGAACAGAAUGUAUUCCACUGAGGUCACACUGUCUGCCAUUCAAGUAACUUCUGGAUUCUCCUCCCUCGUGUCUGCACUUGGCCAUCCCUGAGGUGUGUGAAGAGGAAGAUGGAAUCAGUUUCUGGUGAUUGGACCCCUUUGCCUGGGAAAAGGACUUGGGAAGGUGAGAUGGGAGGACAUGGUGACAGCUGGUGGCUUUGUGCACUCAAACUGCCUGAAUCCAGAACCGCCUUAUCAACGAGGUCUCCCUGAAAUCAAGACUGGUGGUUUUAAUCCCUGAGUGUAGUUCCAAGUCAAGCCUUACUACGCACAGCCUUAGAGCAGGAUUGUUGCUGCAGGGGGGCCUCAGGCUGCUUUCCUGGCUCUGAACUGGAGCAUAUCCAGCUACAAUCAGGAUCCUGAAACACAAGAAAAAGGCACCUGAUCAUGUGCAAUGAAGACAGAAAGACAAAUGUGUCAUUGCAGGCACAGCACUGGGGUUUUCUGCCUCAGUGGCUCACAUAAUACUACCCUGCAUUGAGCUCUGGUCACACUAACCUUGGUAUUGUCUCAAAGUACUUCUUGCCAGGAAGAGAUGUGGUAACAGUUCUGACCUAAAUAAGAGUCCUUUUCUGGCACAAUUCAGCAGCUACACAAGAACCUGUUAUUAGUGACUGCUGGGGCUGAUCCACAGCUGUGUGCUGGUCCUGUUGGAAUCAGCCCUGAGUUGGACACUUGUUCCUCCUGAGAGAAACCUGCUGUACUUCAGAUACAGUCAAGCAGGCUCAGGUGAACAUGGACUGAGACACACUACAGAGGGAACUGCUGACCUGCCCCACUGUCGAGCUGAGCAGAAACCCUGAACCUCAGAGGGAGACAGUGCCAGCACUCAGGUGCUUGGGUGGUGCAGAAUCUCUUUAGUGAACACUAAUCCAGUGUGCUUUUUCCCUUUCUUUCUGUGCUGUGCUGGCUCACCUCUGUGUGGCUCUUUCACACUGCAGUCUUUGGUAUUUAUGGGUUUAACUUGUUAAAGGUCAGUCUUUUGUUAGACCUACUUAAGCUACUGCUGGCCUAGAGUCACCCUAGCAGGAGGGAUGUGGGCAGCCUUCAGCUUUUCUUACUGGUGUCGUUCCCUUCACUGAAGGCCAGUUCUUCACAGGCUGCUGUAAAUCUCACAAAGGUGUGUGGGGAGACUGCAGGACAGGUUGGUGCAUGUACCUGUGUUCUUGUUGGCAAUCCCAAGCAAUCUCUGCCUCUUCAGAAGAUGCUCAAGUACCACAGGUGCAGCCAGGUGUUGCUGCUGUGUUGCAAGAGCAACUGAAGGUUUAAAGCAAUCUGUAAUUAAUACCUGUGGCAACACUAUCCCUCUCUGCUGCAAUCUUUUCUAGAGGGUACAGUUUUCCUCCAAGGAAAAUGGGAUAGGUAGACCAGGACAGCUCUAUAAUGUCUGCUCUAGUCACUGGAUGGAUGUUCUUCUUUCUGAGCUGUUCCAGGUGGUCCCAUGGACUCAGCUCUCGGGGUACCUGCAUUAGGGAGGCUGUUGGCCAGACCUUGUGUGGCCAAACAACCACCUGGGAGGUUCUCUCCAAAUGUAGAACCAGAGGGGGUCACACUCUGUGGCAGAAUUGGAUCUUCUCCAAACACUUCUGCCUCAGAAGUGCUCUAAAUGCUGCUGCAGCUCUCCCAUUCCAUGUACAAGCUCUGCUCUCACCUCCCUGAAUAUCUGGCCUGGGCUGUCCACUUUGAGUCCCCCUGGCAAAUGCAGGGGGACUCAAUCCUUAUGCUGGAUUUUCUCACUGGUAGUGGGGCCAUCCAUGGAGGUUCCUGCUCUGAACAGCUGGAGGUCUCCUUAAAGUAACCUUGAGGAAGCAGCAGACAAAUCAGGAUGAAAGCAUUACUUGGUGGUGAACUUUGCACAUUUUCAGAGUAGCUUUGUGCCCUGGGGGUGACCUGCCUGGGCAGGAGCGUUUCACACACUCAGGGAAGGCAGAGGGGACGUGCAGGUGGCUGUUGAGUGUGGGUGCUUUGCUGUCUUCUCCCUUCCUUGGUGCCCCAGGGCUCAUGUUGUGGCACCUUACCUUGGGGGGGUGACAGUAGCUGCCUUAGAAAGGAGUCUGCAGUGGUUUAAAGGGAUGUGAUGAGAGCUUUGGCUGCUGGAAAGGUUCUCUGGGAUAAAUUUUGUAGCCUUAUCCAGACUAUGGCUGCUAAAUUGAUUGAGUUCUUUGAGGGGAGCUUGGAACAUCUUUAAACCCAGACAGGCUGGUUCCCACAUAAAAAGCUGCUUUCUAUUCCUCCUUUUUUCCCUCUUGUGUGGUAGGACUUCUGUCCUGCUGUUGAAAGGAGUUGACUUUUCAGUGACUGGGGACCUUAAUUCUUUACUCCAACACUUUCUCCUUCCUUUAAGAGCAAAACUGAGGGGA